AUGCGCAGCUUUCUGUUUCUCACCGCCGCUGUCGCAGUGAGGGCGGUCGUCUUCGGGCCCAUUGGCACCGACCGUCCUGCGCCGGCGGGCGGCGAGGUCGCCUCUGACCAGCCCCCCAACUCUUUCUUCCAGGGUCUUUCUCCUCCAUACCCUACCAAUGACUGGUGGGUCGGCUUCGCUGCGGGUGAUGGUAACGCUACUUGCGCCGGCCCUUUCCCGUACGAGAGUGUCUUGACAGCCUCCGCUGUCCAGUUUGGGAUAUCGACCUCUCGCGACUUCGAUGGCACGUCUGUCCAUCAGCCCACUCAAAUGGACUGGGGCGUCAGCUUCUCCGAGCACUCAGGCUCGACCUCUGACCAUAAAGCUCUUGGAUGGGACAGGCAAACAGUGACCGUCCAAUACUUCACAGGUUCGGCGACGAUGAAUACCUACCUGGUCCCCGGCUCUCCCUACAUGACCUUCGAAUACUCCGGCGCAACGCCGAAGUUCACCAGCGACCAAGGCCUCAUCACCUCCUUCGCCAACACGACCGUAUCCGAAGGUGGCAGCACAACCGCCAACGGAACGGAGUUCCUCGUCACCAAUGAUGCGGGAACGUACAUUAUUUAUUCUUUGGGCGACAGCAUAUCCUUCACCGCCACCGCUGCGAACGGCGCAGGUACUAUCGUCGCCUCCGCCCCAUUCACUGGCGUUCUACGUGUAGUGAAACUCUCCGAGGACGGUCAUAAGACGCUGUUGGAUGCACACCAUAGCGUCUACCCCACCGCUGUUGACACAAGCUAUUCGUUCAGCGGCGACUCGGCGACCCUCACCUUCAACUGGAAUGUCUCUGGCGGCAAUGGCGCCGACCUGCUGAUGCUUACUUGGCCUCACCAUCGCAUCAAGCUCCAGUCGCCCAACUUCCCCGACACAUCUGCCCUGAGCUAUCUCACCACGAAGGGCUACAUGUACCCCGCGCUCGGCAACCAGUGGAACAUGCAAUACGACCUUUCGACCAUUACAUGGAAUGCGCCACGGUCCCCCGACAGCUCGUGCCAAACCUCACUUGUUGCGGGCCUCGAGUACGAGAUCGCGCACCUGCCUGAGGUCGCCGCGCCGGGCGACUUUUACUGGUUUGGCGGCCAUGUUGGGAUGGUGUCGCGGCUUGCACUUAUCGCAGAGGUCAUGAAUAGGAAUGACCUGGCGGACACGGUGAUCACCUACCUCAAGGCCAUGUACGCGUUCUGGUUCGAUUCCAGCUCGACGACGACGCCCGCCUACGAGACAGCAUGGGGCGGCAUUAUCAACAAGGCCGGGUACAACAACGUGAACGUCGACUACGGGAACGGGUACUACAACGACCACCACUUCCACUACGGAUACUUCCUCGCAGCAGCGGCUGUGAUCGCGAAGUUUGAUGCGGGCUGGUUGAACACCUACCGUACGCAGGUCGACAGCUUCCUGCGCGACAUCGUGAACCCGUCGCCCGAGGACCCGUACUUCCCGGUGACGAGGAACCGCGACUGGUUUGCGGGGCACUCUUGGGCGUCCGGCAUCGCCAAUGGGGCGGGCUCGCGCGACCAGGAAUCGGUCGGCGAGGCGGUCAAUGCGUACUACGGGUCCAUGCUGUGGGCGCUCGUGUCUGGGAACACCGACGUCUACAACUACGCGCGGAUGCUACUCGCGCAGGAGCAACAUGCCGCACAGGUGUACUGGCACAUGUACCCAUCGCAGAGCAGCACCGACCGUGACCAGCCGUAUCCCGAGCAGGGCUUGCGCGACCUGGUCACUAUCGGGAAUGUGCAGGACUGGCAGGCAGGCGCAUGGCUCUUCUGGGGUGACCAGAAGGUCGAGAUCGCGGCCAUCCAGAUCCUGCCCGUCACUCCGGUAAACGAGUACAUGUACGACGCGGAGUGGGUGAACGCAGUGUGGAACUACACGUCCGAUGAGCUCAGCGACGCGACAUACUCGGACGACUGGAAGAGCGUGAUCUACCUCGCCUACGCGAACGCGAACGCCGGCAUCGCCGCGCAGCGCUCCUCCGCGCUGACGUCCUGGGGCUCCGGGAACAGCUACUCCAACCAGAUGUACUUCCUGGCGACGCGCAGCGGCGCUUCUGGCGUCUGCGACGCGAGCAACCUUGGCGCAAACCCACUCGGGAACUACUCCCUCCAGGUGGACGCCUCCGGGCAGUACGUCGGCAGCACGCCCCUCCCCGACCUCAUCGCGAACUCGACGCAGGCGGACGCGGUCACGUUCACGCUCGGCUUCGCGCCCAACGCGGGCACGCUCCAGGCGGGCGGGCAGUACGUGACCGCGGACUCGAGCGGGACGUACACGCUGUCGGCUAACCGCGCGACGGCGUCCUCCUGGGAGAUCUUCGUCAUCCGGCAGAAGCAGGGCGCGGCGACGGGCGUGUACAGCAUCAUGGCGGCGUCGAACAAGCAGUAUGUGGUGGUCGGGGCGGAUGGGACGCUGAAGAAUAAUGGCGCAACCGAGGGCGAUAGCACUGGCUUCAGGCUGGUCGCCGCAUGA